UAUAUCCAAAGAAACUGAUGCACUCAAACCAAAAUUAAGAAAUAAGAAAAGAAGAAGAUGAGAGUGCUAGUGGCGAUUGACAAUAGUGAAGAGAGCUUCAACGCUCUAAAAUGGAUCCUUGAUUAUCUCCUCAGGCAGCCAUAUCAUACAACGGAGGAGGUGAAGGAGCCUUGUAUAAAGCUCAGUCUUGUACAUGUAAUGGAGCCAUUCCCUCAAUACGCCUAUCCUGGUACUCAUGUGAUAGAAUCAGCAACUCGGGCGCAAGCGCAAGAGGCGGCACGAAUACUGGCGCGUGCCUCUGAAAUGUGCAAAGACAAAAUGAUCAAAGCAGAAACUCUAAUUCUUGAAGGUGAUCCAAAGAACAUACUGUGUGAAGNGACAGAAAAAAUGAACAUCGAUCUUCUUGCAGUUGGUAGCCGUGGACUGGGCCAAAUAAAAAGCCGAACAACAGAAUCUUAGCAAUUGAGUUCCCGGUCCGGAACUUUCAAACUUCAAUUGGAUUUUAGCAGUUAGUAACUUUUAAUCACAUCAUUAAUUUCAAUGUCAACUCAAUGUAGAUUCGAAAGCCAGCAGCUAUUUCUUUUACGCAAACCUUCAGCUCAACAACAAUUCUAAAAACUCUAAUUAAUCCCAUGGAAACACCCACCUUUUAUCCUCCAUCACCAUUAAUCCUUCUCUUUACCCUACCACCACUGCUUUUUCCAGAAGAAGAGAAGCAGAGUUUGUGUCAAACCCAGCAAAAUAGAAGGAAAGUAUCAUUUCAAUUGUCCAAAGACAGUAGUAGAUAAGUACCAAAGCAACCACUCCAAAGAAAAGAAAGAGAAAAUUUUCCUUAAAAAGUUAACAGAAUAAGAACCCCACAAAAAAUAGAAUCCAAAUGGAGAGAACAAAAGGAGAAGAGAGAAAAGUAGAAUACAAAGAGAUAAAAGCUAAAGAGAAGCCGAAAAAGUAUAUAUAUGAAGACACUCUCAUACAGAGACGUGAAAAGAGAAAAAGAGAUAGGUAGAGGCUGCCAAAAAGUUGUCAAUUUUUACCCAGCCCGAAUGUUUAUAAUGAAUAAGGCCUUUUAUUUUAAAUAAGAUUAAAUGGGUUGUUAAAUAUUUUGUAUUUUAUAGCUUAGUGUUUUUCGGGGAUUAAAAUUUUUAGGACCCUUCAAAACUUAUAUAAAUUUUUAAGACAAGAGUGUUAAGAAUGGGAUAGAAGGGACACUUUAAAACCCCAAAGUUUUCUUAUUUACAAAAACGUCUUAUUUCUCCUCCACGCCGAUGGAUAUUUGAAACAUCUCCCGUUACGUUUGAAACAUCUCCCGGACGUUUGAAACUAUCCCGAUGGAUGUUUCAACUAUCCUGAGAGAUGUCUCAAACAUCCCAGGGAUGUUUCAAACAUUCCGGGAGAUGUUUGAAAACAUCACGGGAGAUAUUUCAAACAACUUUGAGAUGUUUCAAACAUCAUGGGAGAUAUUUCAAACAUCACGGGAGAUAUUCAAAAUUACCCCCAACUUUUGUUAUUUUUAAUUUGACCCUCGAACUUCUUGUGUCCUGUAUUCUUACACCAGACUUGAGAAGUCUUUUUUUUACCUCUUUUCAUACGUCUACAAACCUGCAUAUGGGUUUUGUAAAUUCCUACUACUUGUUAGAUGGGAUGGCAUUUAGACCUAAUGCUUCCAACGUGUAGUACACCGAGAAAUAUUAUGAUGUGUCUUAGUCUAUAAAUAAAUAAAUUUUGUACCGAAAUUCUUUUCACUCGUAUGGAUAAUUUUCUUUUCCUGUAAAGCCACUAAUUCGAUUUUAUCACUAAGGUUUUGUUGCUAAACACGUUUAGAAUAAUUUGCUUUACAUUUUUGAAGUUCACAAAAAUGUGUUCAUCAAUUGAACAUCCACAGACUUAGAAUUCACUACUGUUGUGGAUAUCCAUUUAGUACUCCAUUUUCCUAAAGAGACUUACAAACCAGCAAGUAGCUAGCAACUUCUAGGAAAAGCUUACAAAUAGCUUCAAGGAAUUUUGUAAGUAACUUACUGAAGUAUCUUAUAAAUUCUUGCAAGCAAGAAGUUUCAAAUGGCUUGCAAGUAGCUUCGUGAAGUAGCUUGCAAUAAGUUUGAAGUAGCUUACAAAUAAGUUUUUGUUGUGGUGUAAACAGGGAGUUAAAUUUAAUUUAUUUUGUGCAUAAGUUUAAAGUGAAAUAAUAUAUCAGUCUUUCCUUAUA